CAUGAACAACCAACAUGUCAUACAAUAACAGAAACUAACAACCUGAAAAGAAUAAAGGCACAUCAUUAAAAACCUGAAGAAAAUCUCCACGUCGAAAAUUUCCAUAUUAAAUGGAAAUGGAUUCCCUCAUGGCUGUCCAAAUGAUUCAGGCAAGGAAUGCUGGGGAGGGUUCAGCCGCAGUUCUUCUCUCUGACAUUUUCCAUUAUCUGGACUCUUUUGUUGCAUGCAAGGUGCAGCACACCCUUCGAGAGGGUAACGGGGCAGCUGACUAUAUGGCGGUUAUGGGUCACACUUCUCCUCAAGGCGGGUUUGGAAUUAUUUUUGUUUGCCAAUUGAAGCGGUCAUGAACUUUAUUUUUGUCAAAAUAUUGUUGAAUUGUAGUCUCUCUUCGUUUUUUUUCUUCUUUUUUUUUUUCUUUUUUCUUUUUUUUUUUCAAAUCUCUGUUUGUGCUUAUGUGCUGAUUUAUACAGUUGUAAAUACUUGGAUUUAGGGGAUAAGACAUUUCUCAUGUGGCUCCUCCUGGCUUGUCUGUUAAUAAAUAAAACCUUACUCA